AUGACCGUGGGAGCAAUACUGGUAAUCGCAGGAAAUACGAACUCGUACGUGGCUGAGAAACGCGAACUGGAUCCGGUGUUGAUCGCCCGCAAGCUUCGCUUCUUCCCGUACAGCCAUCACCGUCGAACUGUCUGCAUGCGAGUGGAAAUUUACGGCUGCCCGUGGUCUGAAGGCAUUGCCAGCUAUCAGAUGACGCAGGGAGAUCAACGAGGAGCCGGUUGGCAAUUCUACGAUGCCUCUUACGACGGCAUCUGCGGCUCUUUCCUGUGCCAGGGACUCGGCCAGUUGACAGACGGCAAACUCGGUCCCGACAAUUUCAAAGCCAGUUAUUACGACCAAGAUCGAGGCUGGGUCGGAUGGCGUAACGACUCGCGCAACGGGCAGCCCGUCGAUAUCGUUUUCGAGUUCGAUACGGUGCGCGAUUUCACUUCGCUGAGCAUCUUCGCCAAUAACCAGUUCACCAAAGAUGUCCAGAUCUUCUCCGAAAUGCAAGUGCAUUUCAGCGUUGGCGGACAAAUCUACCCGGGCGAGCCGAUUAUCUUCCGUCCGCCAGAGGACCGAAUUUUCGAGAAUUCACGGAACAUCAGCGUUAAGCUUCACCACCGAGUGGGCCGUUUCGUCAAACUGCGCUUGUCCUUCCCGGCUGCUCCGGCUCGCUGGAUUCUCAUCAGCGAGGUCUCUUUCCGCUCCGAAGUGGCCGCCAGAAAUUACAAGACCGAAGUGGAUGGCAGUCCCGUCACUCCACCAGCCGCCGCACCCAUUCCGCCCGUCUCCAAUUUGCCACUCCCGCCAAGUGGUCACGAAGUCGGCAUCAACGCCGGCUCGCAGGAUCAAGUCAACGAAACGAGCCCACCUACCAGAGAGAACCAAACGUACAUGGCAAUCAUCGUCGGUGUCUUGGUGGUCGUUGGUUUCCUAUUGGCUGGGGCCAUCUUUUACAUGAUCAUGCGACGUCGUCAACGCAAGAGCCGCUCAGGCAGUCCGCUGCCGGACAAAGCCAAUUGGGCCUCUCAGGUCGGCAGUCAGCCCAGUCCCCGUCUGUUGGACGGCUCUGUCGGUGAGCAUCACGAAGAUCAACUGUUGCAACACCAUCGUGGCAAAAUCUACAACAAGAACAACUCGCUGCCGUAUGGCAACAUUGGCGCCGACUUGUCGCGAUCGGACGCCGCCUCGCAAUACUUGCUGCCUCACUCGCCGGCCAGCGCCCAUUUGACUAGGACCGAGUACCAGGAGCCUUAUCACGCCCUGCGCUUCUCACCUUAUUACAGUUACAGCACUCUGUUGCUGGCCGGAACUGAGGGCCCACUGAAAAAGACCAACACAUCCGCAGUAUCAGAUACGUACGACUACGCCGUGCCGGAUGUUAGCGAGAUUAGCGGCUGCAGCACUGCCCAUCAACCCCUACUAAUCCAGCAAUCUCUACAAAAACAACAUCAUCCGCUUAAGCCCAAAUUGCCCGUCGCUUCGCCACCUCCGCACGCAAUCGAAAUCGACACUUUGGCCUCAUCUUCUCAUUCCAUGACGACCACUGGCUCGACAUCCUCAGCGUCCGUCCGUCUAGGAGGCAACAAGAACAACAAUCAAAUGGGCCACUUGAACGGCAUUAGCGAAUCCAGCCCAUUGAAAAAGCCGAUCGACCGAGCAGAAUUAUUGUCCGCUCUGAAAUCACGGGCCGAAUCGCUGAUCAUACCGGAAUUAGCGCGUAGCAAACUGCACCUGGUCCAGCGCAUCGCCAGCGGAGCGUUCGGGACCGUCUACAAGGCCGAAGCCGAACACAUUCCCGAGUAUGGUAGCGCCGUCUACACUUCACGGCGGCUGGUGGCCGCCAAAUACCUUCCCAAUACCUCCGACAAAGACAAGUCUGGAUUCUACCAGGAAGUGAGGCUACUGGCCGCUUUGGACGAUCCUCACUUGUCACGUGUGUUGGCCGUUUGCACGACGGACGAGCCCUUUUGCGUCGUUCUAGAAUAUCUGGAAUUCGGCGAUCUGAACCAAUUUCUCAAACUGCAUCGAUUCUGACCGGACAACCACCACAACUCGUCCGACAGCCGCAAUAACAUAUCAAAAACCUUUUCUACUCCGGACGAAACGUUAACAAUGUGCAGUUUGAUAUUUAUGGCCAGUCAGAUCGCCUCGGGAAUGCGUUACAUCGAGUCUCUAAAUUUUGUACACCGCGAUUUGGCCGCUAGGGAAACAGGACAAGUGAGGAAAGUAAAUGCUGUUCCAGAAGUUGGACGCUGCUUUGACGAGAUCACCGACCGUAGCCUCCACUACCUUUACGAUAAGGUGCUGUAAUGAGCAAGAAAAAAUCCAGCCUCCGCCAUGGCUACUGCAGCCGUAACCUCCUCCACCAUGUCCGUUACUACCGUAACCUCCUCCUCCACCAUAGCUGCUGCUGCCGGAUCCUCCUCCACUAUUGCUGCUGCUGCCAUACCCUCCUCCGCCAUGGCCGUGUCCUCCCGCACCGUGGCCGCUGUUCCCUUAUCCUCUACCGCCGCCACUGCUGUAACUAGUGGCACCGUAGCUUCCACUUCCGUACCCACCACCUAGUAGCAUUGAAUUUCAAGUUUGAAGGUGGAUUUAUUGGGGUUUUUUUCCAGUACUAAUUUAGCAAAGUUUGCUAGUUUGAGAAAAGUUACCUUGCCCGCCGUAACUGCUACUUCCAUAACUGCUACUUCCAUAACUGCUACCUCCAUAUCCAGCUCCUCCAUAGCCUCCGCUUCCUCCAUGUCCGCCGCUUCCUCCAUACGGAGGAAGCGGCGGCGGAUGCCCUCCGCUACCACCGUAUCCUCCGCUACUACCGUAUCCUCCGCUACUACCAUAUCCUCCGCUACCACCGUAUCCUCCGCUACCACCGUAUCCUCCGCUACCUCCGUAUCCUCCACCACCUCCGUAUCCUCCACCACCUCCGUAUCCUCUACCUCCUCUGUAACCACCACCGUGUCCUCUGCUGCCACCGUAUCCUCCUGCUGAAUAAGAAUUCAUUCGUCUUAUCAAUUUGAAGAUUCACAAGAUAACUAAAGAGUUAAAUCUUGUUAACGUGUAAACACUACGAUUCCAGUAAAAAAAUAAAUUGCAACGUAAAGAUCGCGUAUUGAACGCAUAUAUCUAUUUCAA